GGUUUUUUGCCUCGACUCUUUUCAGUUGUGCAAAUCAUGAAAGAUUUUAUAAGUUGGUCAAGACGAUGUGAAAUGCAUAAGGAACCGACAGAUAAUGGUGCUUACGUCUUGGGUAUCGCUGGCUGUUCAAACAGUGGUAAAACAACGCUUUCGAAAAUACUGUCCACUGCCCUGAUCAACGAAGGUAUGCGAGCAACUGUGCUUUCUCAGGAUGCAUUCUAUUAUCCGCAAGAACAACUAGAGCGUGUUGUAAGCUGUGCAAAUCCGAAAAUCACAUUUUAUAAUUAUGACACGAUAAAAGCGUUGGACACGAAUAAAUUCCUGUUGAGUUUACAAAAAGCGAUUGUUGAGAACGAUUUUGUAAUUGUUGAAGGGAAUAUGGUAAUGGAAAUCGACAGUUUGCGCCAACUAUUACAUCGAUCUAUUUUUAUUACAUUAAAUUAUAAUUUGUGCAAACGAAGGCGUACAGCUCGUGGAUAUAACCCUGUGGACUUACCUGGGUACAUGGAAGAAAUUGUUUGGCCCACAUACAGGAAUCAUUUAGCUAAUGCUUACAAUCUUGCCCGUAGUUCGUCAGCCAUUGUUUUUGUUGACGGAAAUACUCAAGAAUUUUCCAGUGAAUUUGAAGUGGAAACGUUGCUAUCAAAACUAUCCAAAAACUUAUUGUUGAUUCAAACCGAUGAACUCCAGUUAUCGUAUGCAGCUGAAUUCGUUAAUAAACCAGAAAGUGGAGGUACAUGUAUAUUUUUGGGUACAACAAGGGAUAGCUUUGGUGAUAAAAAGGUUGUCCGGUUAGAAUUUGAGGCAUAUGAUGAAAUGGUUUAUAAAGAGUUAGACAGAUUGUGUAGUGAGUUACGAAAAAGCUACCCUGCAGUUGACAAGAUCGCACUUUUUCAUAAAGUGGGAAAUGUAUUUGUUGGGAAAGCAUCGGUAAUAAUGGCAGUAAGUGCACCUCAUAGACAAGAUGCAUUUCAAGCAACCGAAAGAGGAAUCGAUUAUUUGAAAAGUCGAGUUCCUAUUUGGAAAAAGGAGGUCUAUUCGGAUGGUACUUAUUGCUGGAAAAGAAAUUCUUGAUGAAUACCACUGCUGGGAAUCAGUUUAUCUUAAAACUGUAGAUUAUCGUAAUGCGAUGGACAAUUUGAAUGCCAGUAACGAAAUAUAGAGAAUUUGAGAAAGAUAAGGAAUGAACAAGAGUUACGGAUACUAAGUCUUCAUCCGGAGGAAGAACUUUUGUUUAUAUAUUUUUUGACUUCUUGUUUAUUAAUGUGGAUUUUUGUUUACUCUUUAUUUAGCUCAACUACAUAUCUUUCACAUUUCUUGAUGUGUCUUUAAUUUUUACAUUUUAAGUUUCGGUUUUUUUUUUGUUUUUAUUCUUUGGAAAUAUACUUCCAAUCAAUCAUUUUAACUGGUUUGUUAUUAGCAUUCAUUUAUUGUUUUCACUUAUUUUUUAUCAUCACCAA